GCACAAGACACGAAGCAUCACAAGGCUCUCCAGGAGCACCUUCAACACGAGGAAACCGUACGAGCAGCCUUCGGGGUAGAGAAGGAGCGCGAGCGGCAAGCGGCGCAAGCGGCCCUCGCGCGGCAGGCGAAGGAGAUGGAGGAGGAGCGAGCCCGACACCACGCUGCACUCCAGGACCAAAAAGAUCGACACAAUGCUGCUUUGGAGGAGCAAGCUUCUCAGCAUCGUGCAACAAUCAGCUUGGCGAUGCAGGUUCUGCAGGAUCAACAACUGGAACAGCGCGAAGCUUUGCAG